AUGGCGGUGGAGCGCGCGAAACUGGUGAGGAGCCUUCGGCACGACUCGCGGCGGCUGCGUCUACUCGUCCUCGUCAUCGGUUUCUUCCUCGUCACGCUCACCUUCGUCGUCGUCUCCAAGCCCGAUGCUCUCCUCUUCAACCUGAACGGCAGGCUGUCGGUGGACCAGGCGCCGCGCUCGCUCUUGAUCCGCCAGCGGGUUGACGCCGACGACGGGAGAUCCGCCGACACUCUGGCCUCUGCCUCCGGGGAUCCAAAGGUGGUCGACGACGAUACCGCCGGCGAGGAAGCCAACGCCAACGCCAGAGGGACCAGUGAAGAGGAGGAACGGAUGCUCGCUAGUGAGCCCGAGCAGAGGAAAAGUGCAGUGGAAGCCACUACAUCUGAGAUCUUAGGUGGGGAAGACGACGAGGGAAGGAAAAGCCAGCAAGAGGGGCACAAAGAGCACCAGCAGCAAAAGUUGACCCUCCCAACUGUUUCGAAUUAUACCAUUCACGAUGCCACUGAUGGCACCGACAAUGGCAAACAGGAAGAAUUUAAGCUCACUCUGGAUGUUGACCAGAGAAAUGGUCGAGACAGAGCUCAUCAAGCAGCAUUGGAUAAUGUGGAGUGGGACAAACCAUUGUGUGAUUUCUCAAACUUCAGAGCAAAUAUCUGUGAGAUGAGAGGUAACAUCAGAAUACACCCAAAUGGCAGUUCGGUCAUUUACAUGGAACCUAUAAGUUCAAGUUCAAAGAGAAACGAACAAUGGAAAAUUAAGGCUUACCCUCGCAAAGGUGAUGAAUUAUGCCUCAAUCAUAUUACAGAGGUGACAGUGAAAUCCAGCAAAGUGGCACCUGAUUGUUCCAAGUACCAUGACGUGCCUGCUGUGAUCUUUGCUCUGACUGCAUACACUGGAAAUCUAUUCCAUGACUUCACCGACGACAAUGAAGUGCAUUGCUUCAAGCAUGCCAUCGUUGGCCUUCAUGCUUACAUGGAUUUCACAAUUGACCCGUUAAAGGCUCCACAUAAUUACUCAAUGGUGGACUUCAACCGGUUCAUGCGCAGGACCUACUCGCUGCCUAGGGAUGCAGUAACAGCACUUGGUGAGAUCCCGAAGACCAGGCCAAGGUUGCUGAUUAUCUCCAGGCAAAGGACAAGAAUGUUCCUCAAUCUCAAGGAGAUCGUGGCCAUGGCUGAGGAGAUAGGCUAUGACGUGGUGGUUGAAGAGGCCAAUGUGAACUCCAAUGUCACCCAUUUUUCCAAGGAAGUUAACUCCGUCGAUGUGAUGAUGGGGGUCCAUGGUGCUGGGCUCACAAAUUGUGUUCCUUCCACACAGUGCCAUACUAAUUCAGAUUGUACCUUGGGGUGCCCUAGAUGGGAUAUGCAGGAUUGA